AUGGAGGCGGCGCUGCGCGACGGGGAGAACUGGCGGCCGACUCCCCAGGAGCAGCAGCAGCCGGCGCGGAGCCUGCAGCACGCGGAUGAUUCGCGGAUUAUUCGCGUGACUGCGGUUACCGUUGAUGGUGCAGUGACACUUCACCACAAACAAGUGCGAACAGCUCGAUUUCGAGUCGUGCCGUUGCCCGCGCCGCCAGCAGCAGCAGGCAACCAGACGUGGGAUGACUUUUAUCCGGAUGUUGCGGUAGUUCCGUGUCGCCCGAAGCGCAACUCGAUGGCGAGGGACGUGCGAUGGCUGCAGCUUCUGCUGUCGAUUGCGCGAUUCGCGAGUAAGUCCCAUCGUCCGUGGAUGCCCAUGGUCAUCGUGUCGUCGUGUCGCCCGCCGCUCAACCUCUUCCAUUGCAACUUCCUCGUGCAACAACCCGCCGCGCAAGCCGUUGCGCACGGCAUCGUGGGAGCGGGGCCGGAGGGCGACGUGUGGGUGUAUAAUGUGACGGCGGCCGACAUGCGCGAGCGCAUCCAACCCCCCGGGUCGUGCGCCAUGGCGCAACCCACUGGGGGCGCCGCAGGUGCGCUGCUAGAAACCACCCUCCCUUCUCUUGUACCGCAUCCCCCCUCCGCCGCACCCCCCCGCUUCGCGUUCGUGACGGUGCUGCACAGCAAGGACGACUACGUCUGCGGUGCAAUCGUGCUCGCGCAUGCCCUCCGCACGACCGGGCUCGCGCUGCCCCCCGCCCUCGUCGCGGGCUACAGCAGCGCCAAUUCCAGCGGAGGCGCGGCGCAGCCCGCGGAGGCGGAGCUGGUGGCGAUGGUGUCCGCAGAGCUGAGCGCGGACAGCCGGAAAGGGCUUGAGGCGGCGGGAUGGCGGAUUGUGGAGAUCGAGCGGGUGAGGAGCCCGUGGGCCAAGCCCGGUCAACACAGCGAGUACAACUUCAGGUGCACGCCCAUGUGCGGGUGUGUGGGUGGCGCCGUGGGAGAAAUGACAGGGAACAAUCUGCGGUUGUGGGGGCUGACAGAGUACAAGCGAAUCGUGCACAUAGACUCGGACUUCCUGCCUUUCCACUCCCUCUCGCACCUCUUCCUCUACCCGGAGCUCUCGGCGGGUGGCAACGACGACCACCGCUUCAAUGGAGGCAUGAUGGUCAUCGAGCCCUCGCUGUGCACGCAGGCGUUUCUCAUCGCCAACAUCCGCUACUUCGUGUCGUACAACCGCGGCUUCCAGGGCUUCAUAAACAACGCAUACCCCUGGUGGCACCGCCUGCCAGACUACACCAACGUCCUCAAGCACAAGCCCCUCCACGGGCACGUGUAUCCCGACGGGGGCCUGGCUGCCCAGAACGCUCUCUUUGCGUCGGACCCCCCGCUGAUGUCCACGAUUCAUUACCUUGGCCGGAAGCCUUGGGUGUGCUUCCGGGACUAUGACUGCAACCUGUCGGCGUCGCUGCAUGACCUCAAGUUUGUGAACGACGUUGCGUUCCGGCGGUGGUGGGCGGUGCACGAUGGGAUGGACGAGAGGCUGAAGCCGUGGUGCUGGAUGAGUGAGGAGCUGAAGCAGGUGAUCUGGAGAGGCAUGAAGAAGCGCAAGCAGGAUGGGGUUGAGCCAGAGCGAUGGAAUUAUACAAUUUCGGACCCGAGGAAAGACUUGGUGCUGCCGUGGAAGGUUAACCAAAGGACAUGGCCAGGAUGUUCAGAAAGCUGA